AUGCUCAGACCCCUCAGUGUUGUCAGGCAAAAUAUAAGACAGCAGUAGGAGCAGAGAUCUGCAAUAGAUAAACACACAGACUCACACACACACACCGGCUGGCUUGCUCUGCACACCACGAGCAUCGAGAGACAGGCUCUGUAGAAUUGGAGGAUUGUGGCUCUGGUUUCUCUAAUAUCUUAUUUUAAUGGGCUUACUGUCAUCUAUCAUUUCAGUGGAAAACAGCCACCGAGGGAGAGAGGCAGGUGUGCCCUUUAAGAGGGGGAGCAGCUGAGGCAAGGACAGCAUCCAAGUCACCAUCCUCUGUGGAGGUUGUGCUGUUCUGUCAAGAGAGGCGGAUCAAGUCAGAGCUCUCCUGUUUUUUGUUCUCGUUCCUUCCACCUGGAAAUAGGCUGAAAUGGUUGGCAGUAUUCACAGGCCUAAACCUGUCUGAGUGAGCCCUAUGAACAGCAGACCCAAUGGACAUCAAAGGCCAGUGUUGGACAGACGAGGAGUCGGACGGAGAGAACGAGUCAGAACAGUUCCUGUAUGGCAUUCAGUGCUGCUUGUUACAGGGGAGCUGUGCUGCUGACCUGUACCGUCACCCUCAACUGGAUGCAGAUAUUGAGGCAGUAAAAGACAUCUACACUGACAGUGCUGUCUCUGUCAGGGAGUAUGGAACCAUUGAUGACGUGGACAUCGAUCUUCACAUUAACAUCGGUUUCUUAGAUGAGGAGGUUGCGACAGCUUGGAAAGUUAUCAGAACAGAGCCCAUUAUUCUGAGACUGCGCUUUUCUCUUUCUCAGUACCUCGAUGGACCUGAGCCGUCAGUAGAAGUGUUUCAGCCCUCCAAUAAAGAAGGCUUCAGCCUGGGCCUGCAGCUCAAAAAGAUCCUGAGCACGUUCACCUCACAGCAGUGGAAGCACCUCAGUAAUGAGUUCCUCAAGGCCCAGCAGGAGAAGAGGCACAGCUGGUUCAAAGCUGGAGGAACCAUCAAGAAGUUCCGUGCAGGGCUCAGCAUCUUCUCCCCCAUACCCAAGUCUCCAAGUUUUCCUUUGAUCCAAGACACAGUUUUAAAAGGGAAGCUGAGUGUACCUGAGCUGAGAGUGACUCGCCUGAUGAACCGCUCCAUCUCAUGUACCAUGAAGAACCCUAAAGGGGAGCUGUUCAGCUAUCCCCCGAACAGCCAGACUGUGGCUGUCCCGGCGGCCAGGGCCCCAGCGCAGAUUACCACGAGGCAGCUGAUUGAAUUGUUUUUCUCAUCCCAGGCGGGCGGCCACUGCAAGAACAUCCCUACCUUGGAGUAUGGCUUCUUAGUGCAGAUAAUGAAGUACUCAGAGCAGAGGAUCCCCACGCUCAACGAGUACUGCGUGGUUUGUGACGAACAGCACGUCUUUCAGAAUGGAUCCAUGCUGAAGCCCGCAGUGUGCACCAGGGAGCUGUGCGUGUUUUCCUUUUACACUCUGGGUGUGAUGUCUGGAGCUGCAGAGGAAGUGGCCACCGGAGCAGAGGUGGUGGACCUGCUUGUGGCCAUGUGUCGAGCUGCUCUUGAGUCUCCUCGUAAGAGCAUCAUCUUUGAGCCCUACCCUUCAGUUGUUGACCCCAAUGACCCCAAGACUCUGGCCUUCAACCCAAAGAAGAAGAAUUAUGAGAGACUGCAGAAAGCACUGGAUAGCGUCAUGUCCAUCCGGGAAAUGACCCAGGGCUCGUAUCUGGAGAUAAAGAAACAGAUGGACAAACUGGACCCUUUAGCCCAUCCCCUGCUACAGUGGAUUAUUUCCAGUAACAGGUCUCAUAUCGUCAAGCUGCCUCUCAGUAGGCAACUGAAGUUCAUGCACACCUCCCACCAGUUCCUGCUGCUCAGCAGUCCCCCAGCCAAGGAGGCUCGUUUUCGCACUGCCAAGAAGCUAUACGGCAGCACCUUCGCCUUCCAUGGUUCCCAUAUAGAGAACUGGCACUCUGUUCUGAGAAAUGGACUAGUCAAUGCCUCUUAUACCAAACUGCAGCUGCAUGGGGCAGCAUAUGGAAAGGGCAUCUAUCUGAGCCCCAUCUCCAGCAUAUCUUUUGGAUACUCAGGAAUGGGGAAAGGACAGCACCGCAUGCCCACCAAAGAUGAACUGGUGCAGCGUUACAACCGCAUGAACACUAUACCACAGAGCCGUCCAAUACAAUCAAGGUUUCUUCAAAGUCGAAAUCUGAACUGCAUAGCUCUGUGUGAAGUUAUCACAUCUAAGGAUCUGCAGAAACAUGGUAACAUCUGGGUGUGUCCAGUAUCCGACCACGUCUGUACUCGCUUCUUUUUUGUGUAUGAGGAUGGCCAAGUAGGAGAUGCCAACAUCAACACCCAGGAACCUAAGGUUCAGAAGGAGAUCAUGCGUGUGAUUGGGACCCAGAUCUACUCCAGCUAAUGGUGGGUUCACCAGCCACGCUUGGAUCGAUAACGUCUCUCUGGCGGAGGCACAAAAGGCAGGCAGACUGAAAGAGCGAAUGUUUGGGUGAGCUGACCUCAGGCCUGAUGCUGAAAAGGUUGAGGGAGCUCUUGAGCACAUUAUUUCUAGAGUCGUUUUUGUUCUGGUCCUCUCAUUCCCCUCCCCUGUCUCUCUCCCUUGUUCCCUCUCUCCGAAUGGUUACACAUUACAUGUUCAUUUAACCCUAAGUUAGGUUUAGCCUGGUCAAAGACAGUCUGCAUUUCUUCAAUUCAUGACAUUUACAAGCAAACUGUAACACUGUAACAGGAGGUAGUCACUGAUAUGGCUCUCCACACAUAUACACACACUUUCAAAACCUGGAUCAACUGGGAUUUCUCCUUUCUUGCUGCACUUUUACUGAUCCUCUGGACUAAUUAUCUCUAUUUAUCAUUUCUCUUUGUGAAUAUCUAGUUUAAAAAAAAUCAUUCCAAAACAUAAUAUGAUCCCUUUGUGGUUGGAUGGAUUUACAUGCACAUAGAAAUUUGUUCUCUUAUUGUGUUUGCAAAGGCAUUAUCUCUAUUCAAUUUUCUUGGACUAAUGACAUGAAUGAAGGUCUGUGACAUGGUUUUCUGAGGGUUAAACAUUGUUCUGUCAUUUUGUCUUUGUCCACUGGAUGAAGCUGAAUCCAGUAAAGCAAGGUGUGGCUUGAAGGUACAUACACUGUUGGCACUUUGAUUAACAAAUGUAAAAAUCCAGCUAUUGACAGCAUUGUGAUUCUUCAGUACAGAAUUAAGGCUGAUCUGAUUGAUGAUGCACUUUCAAAAUUUCACAGGCCUAAACAGUCCCUAAAACAAACAAAAAUCUGACCGAGCAGGAGCAUAACACAACAGAAUCCAUAAGAACAGGAGUCAUUACAUUCUCUUAAAACUUCAUUUAAUUAUAUUUUGCUGUUAACAUUUAAUGAAAUUAACGUAAAAGGGAUGGUGUUAACACUAAUUCCACUGAGAAUUAACACUCAACCCUGGAGGGUUUUUGCCACUUUUAGUUGCUUUUAAUUCAUUGUUUGCGUUUGUUGUGGCUAGCUUGUCUUCCACUAGCUGUCGCUUUACAAUUAUUUUUGCAUAGUCUUGCAUCUACUUGCAUCACUAUUGUGUUCAUAUAAGACACAUGGGUAUCUACCACUAUACCUACAAGAAAAGUUUGAGCAGCUUGACAUUUUGACGACGAUGGAAAAAAUAAGAUUAACAAAAUCCUUUUUGUUUAAGCAGGCAUCUUUUUCUUCCUUUGGAAUAAAUCUCUAUUUGUAUGAACUACACUUUCCAUUGGAUCCACAACUUACAAAAAUUCACUGUAUAGAAAAACAUGGACAAUUUAACCAAACUAACUACUGAUAGUAUCCAGUCCAGGUGAGCUGACAUCCAUCCCACCCCCACCUAAUGGACACUGGACGUUAUAGAGGUGCAUUAAUGUGCAGCUCUUUUUGGUUUUACCUUGGAGAAUGACAACCUUGUAUAGCUAAUCAAGUUUAUCAGUUAGUCAUGUACUGUACGUAUGUAUGUACGUGUGGGUUUGUAUUUUCUUGACAUUAUACUAGACAUUGCACUUAUUCAACGUUUGCCUAAACUGGAGAAACGGACUGUCCUCGGACCUGCAGUAGACGGGUAGUGGAGGAAAAGAUGGGGGGAAAAACGUAUUUAUGGAGUCAGGAAGACUAUAAUAUCCAACAUCUUAACUAUGUCUGUACUAAUAUGGGCUUUCAGUGUCUCCUGGAACUGAAAAUUCUGACUACUGAAUGGACUUUGAGGCACUGAAAGAAAAUGAACUGUAGAUAAGGACAUUGGAGAACUUGUUGAAAUGUACUGCUCAGAAAGAGAUGGAUGUGUACAGCUGACUCAUUGUGAUGCAGGACUGCGCUAAAAACUGAUGCCUGUUUUUGCCAAGAGGUUUGAGCCACGAGUCUCUUUAAGAAUCUAUUGUCUCUCUCUCUCUCUCUGUCUAUGGUGAGUAAUGUUUUCAAAGAUGACAGUGACGACAAUGAUGGUGAUUAUGAUGAUGAUGAAAGGAGACGAUGCAGGAAAAAAAAAAGAAUAAAGCCUGAUUUUGCACAGUUUUA